UGAUCGCAUCCGAUUUCAUCGCCGUUGCUCUACUCUGACCCUCUUCUCUCUUCUCCUUGAUUAGACGUUUCAUAAGAGGAUAAAACCUCCUCCUCCCCACCGACACUCACUCUCUUUGGGAUUGGCAUUCCCAUCAAACCCAGAAAACAACCGCCACGGCUUCUGGAUCGCCGAGACGAACCACUUCUACUAUUCAACUAUUGCCCAGCUCGUGCGGGCCCCGCGCCGAAGAACGGAGCUGGAUCUUUCCCAGCCGUGUCAUUCCACUCCCAACGUUUAUGGAACUCAGGGAAUCACCUUUUUUAGCUAUAACUGGAUUGCUCUGCCUUUGCCAGACUCAAAGAGUCUACGUAUACCUAGCUAACCGGCUGCUCACUGUGCGAGAUUCUUGUCCGGUGAAAACCAGAGCUUGGGCCGUGUGGAUCCCCCGCCUCCUCAACCAUCCGUACUUCUGCCGUCAUUGUCACAAUGGUGGUCUUCGUUGACUACGAUCACGACGCCUUCGGCAGGCAUAGUUUCCCUGGCGUCCCCGAUACACUCCUGCAUUCUUCCUUAGAACCUCAAAAGCCAACCUUGUCCAAGUUACUGGCAAUCGGUCCAGCUCCAUCGAAGAACGUGCCUGCAGCUCACGAUCAGUCCGCCGAUCCGUCACAGAAUCAUACAUACAACCAUGAAUAUCAACAGCAUGCUCUCAACUGGAACGCUUUUUCGGCCGCUCUAAGCUGCUAUCCGAUCAUAAAGGAAAUUGCUCGAGCAGUCGACCUGAACACCUUGCAUGCCCUCUCCCAAACCUGCCGCCAGUUUCACGCAAAUCUGGCCCCAUACCGCUCGCUGUUGAUUAAACAGACCUUACGCUGCGAGAAUGAGUACAUCGAGACCGUAUCGGACAUGCUCGACAGCGGAGCAGCAAUUCCCGACAGCGUCAAGUCUGUGCUGCAGCUAUUGAGCCAAAACGCAAGAGCAUCGGGCCGAAUAACCACUGGCAAGGUUGCCAAAUGCGCCCGGGAUAUGGUUGCUGAGUGUCGUCGAUGCUCUAAAGUGGUGUGCCGGAACUGUAUCAUUAAGCCUCCCUCGAGCAGCAUGUAUAAAAACCGCAUCCGCCGUCUCUGCACCACCUGCCAGACAGCCCCGUUAAGUGACUUAAUUGAUCCAUUGUCCUCUUCGUCUCAAUCUGCAAUGGCUCCCGAAUCAUCAGCACUAAACCCAAAGCCAACGGCCAUUGCGUUUCAACGUACUCCAUGCAAUUGUUAUGAAGCGAUCUGGCUCUGCCAUCAAUGUGGUCACCGCGUCCGCAGCAAUGACACCACCUACCGUCGCGUCUGGACCUGGCGUACACGUUACAGCACCUAUCUUGGCGGUCUAGGCACAGGGAUCGGCGAGGGCUGUCAGGGUGUCAAGUGCGGCCGAGAGGAUCAAUGUCUUGCAGCCAAAGAGAUCGAACUCGAGGUUGAAUGCGAAGCGGACGAGGCGUCCGGGGGCAGCUCGCCGGAUUACAGUCAUUACUAUGAGCAUCGGAAUCAUGCGCAUAGUCCCCCCAGACACACCACCAUCGAAAGCUGGGACCAUCGCGAGGGAGACGAACCGGGGUAUUUUCGGCAGGAGAUCAUCGGGAUUGGAGGGAGGGUGAAGCAGAAGGCGAAGAAGAGAAUUGUAGUUGGUGCUUGUGUGGCGGAGCAUGAAGAUGAGAGGGAAACAGGAGAGUAUCUUACUAGGGAGGAGAAGGGAGAACAUCGUAGUUGGUGCGGCUGGUGCUGGAGGGUCAUCCCUGCGAAGGGAGAGAUCCAAUAGUCCUAGGAUCUGGAGUUGCUGAGAAGGCGAUAAUUGUUAGCACAAGUAUAUCACUAGGUAGAUCGAGUUGGAAUACCACUUCCCAGAUGUAGCACACACGUGUCGG